GCCGGCGGCGGCAGGAGGCGCCCGGACAGUGCUGGAGCGGCCCGGUGACCUGUCCCGGAGCUACAGAUGGUGCGGUAGCGGCGGGCCGGCCGGUCACGCGAGGUCAUGGCGACGUCGGCGGGAGCGGCUCGGCCCGAUGCCGACCCGGAGUCGGGGCGCGGCCGCCAGCGCGCCACCAAGCUCUCCGACCUGAGCGACUUCUUCGUGACGACGCCGCUGCUGGGCGGCGCGGCGGGGUCGGAGCGCACGCGCCGCCUGCCGCGCCUGUUCGAGCGCGCUGCCGCCAGCUGGUGGGACCCGCGCUUCGACUCGGACAUCCUCGAGGGCCAGUACCGCGAGACGACCUUUCUGCGCAUCAAGCGCCGCCUCCAGAUCGGCGUCGUGUUCGCGCUGCUGGCCGCGAUCGUGUGGUGCGCGUACGUGGGCGCUUUCCGCGACCUGCUGCUGCUGGCGCUGCUGGGCGUGCUGGGCGUGCUGCCGCUGCUUGUGGUGCUCGGCGUCAGCGAGACGGCCUGCUUGGAGCGCCACCUGGUGUCCGUGUCGGCGGUGGCGGCCGGCGCGCUGUGCCUGCUCUCGCUGCUGCCGGCCACCGCGAGGCUCACUGUUUUCCCCGGUGGCCACUCGGUGACGGAGCUGCAGCUCUUCACCUGGGCCGUGGUCACCGUCACGCUCGUCUACACGAUGAUCCCGCUGCCGCUGUACGCCAGCGUGCUCGCCGCCGGCGCCUACUCGGUGGCGCUGGAGGUGCUGAACGCGGCCGACGCCGACGGCAGCGACACGCUGCAGCUGGGCGUGCGCGCUGGCCUGCAUCUCUGCCUGCACCUGAUCGGGCUGCGCACGCUCGUGCUGGCCCAGGUUCACAUGCGCAGCACCUUCACCACCGUCGGCCAGACCAUGCUGACGCGCCUGCAGCUGGAGGAGGAGAAGCAGCUGAAGGAGAAGAUGAUCCACUCGGUGAUGCCGCCGUCGUUGGCCAGCUGGGCGCAGCUGGAGAUGCACGACGAGCAGGCGCUGCUCGAGUCGACCAGCUUGGCGGCCGAGCUGGAUCGGCCGCAGCGAGCGACACCCGCCGGGCCCGAGAUCUGCUUCCGGCCCUUCAAUAUGCGCCCCAUGGACCCGGUCAGUAUCCUGUUCGCCGACAUCGUCGGCUUCACGCGCAUGUCCAGCAACAAAACGGCUGAGCAGCUGGUCGGCCUGCUCAACGACCUGUUCGGCCGCUUCGACGAGCUGUGCGCGCUCCACGGCUGCGAGAAGAUCAGCACGCUGGGCGACUGCUACUACUGCGUGUCCGGCUGCCCGAAGCCGCGAGACGACCACGCGCACUGCUGCGUCGAGAUGGGGCUGGCCAUGAUCACGGCCAUCGGGCAGUUCGACCGCGACAACGGCGAGGACGUGAACAUGCGAGUAGGCGUGCAUACGGGCCGGGUGCUGUGCGGACUGGUGGGCACGGCGCGCUUCAAAUUCGACGUCUGGUCCAACGACGUUAGCAUGGCCAACAAGAUGGAGUCGUCCGGCCGGCCGGGCGCGGUGCACAUAUCGGAGCGAACGUACAAAUACCUGCACGGCCAGUACCAGGUGACGCCCGGCGAUCCACUGGCAGACCUGAAGACGUACUUCAUCGUCGGCAAGCGGGAGCCGUUCGCACCGCGGUCGGAGCCGAGCUCGCCGUCCGGACGCGGCUCCUCGGCGACUGCCGGCCGGCUCACCAAGAAGGCCUGCUCGCUGCCCAGCAUCAUCGAGACGCCCGACACGACACGCCAGGUGGAGCCGGUGCAUCAGACGUUGACACUGGACCGCAGGUCACGGAGGCCGCGGCUGCGUACCGUCCGGACCGACGCCGACCUGAGAGCCCGGCUGUGCGGUAACGUGCGGACGCGGCUGACCAGCGGCGGCUUCUCGCUCCAGCCGCUGCCAGAGGAGAGACCUUCCUCGGCCCAGGGCAGCCACGUGGUUGACUUGGUCGAUGACGACGACGACCAGUACGCGCGCGAGGACCGCACACUGGGCCUCUCCAUGUCCUCGUUCAACAGCCGGAAGGACUCCGGUAUCCGCAGUCGGCGCAGUAGCAUCCAGCCCCGCCAGUCGACAGACCUGAAGACGUACUUCAUCGUCGGCAAGCGGGAGCCGUUCGCACCGCGGUCGGAGCCGAGCUCGCCGUCCGGACGUGGCUCCUCGGCGACUGCCGGCCGGCUCACCAAGAAGGCCUGCUCGCUGCCCAGCAUCAUCGAGACGCCCGACACAACACGCCAGGUGGAGCCGGUGCAUCAGACGUUGACACUGGACCGCAGGUCACGGAGGCCGCGGCUGCGUACCGUCCGGACCGACGCCGACCUGAGAGCCCGGCUGUGCGGUAACGUGCGGACGCGGCUGACCAGCGGCGGCUUCUCGCUCCAGCCGCUGCCAGAGGAGAGACCUUCCUCGGCCAUCCCGCCCGGCACGCGGCCGUGGUGUGACGGCGGCGCAUGCCUAUCCGUGCCGUCGUGA